AUGAUGAAAAGCUUAGGUCAUGGAGCGAGUUUUGUAUGGCCAUCGAGGAUACGUGCUCUAGUCGUGCCCAUUGGGAAAUGGAAGAGGCAUCAGUUUAACGAAGCCGUGGAGAAUUUACAGAGCUACAGUGAAAUUAGGCUUUUGGAUAUCACGCCAAUUGAUAGUUCGUUAUUCACACCCCAGGGCUUUCCAAAUGGAAGAUUGUUCUUUGAUUUUAGCUCCUACGGGUACAAUGACUCGCUGGACCUUUUCCUGUACGAUUUUGAACCAUUUAGAAAGAUAUUCGUGGUGAUUGGCCUUAUCAACGAUGAUAACAACCCUGAAUCAAGCUUACAAACGUUGAAAGAGAGAUAUCCAACGAUUAUAUCACAUAAUGUGAUUGUUACUAAUACAAGUGGAGAGACCAAUGUGGGCGAGAACAUCUUCUAUUGCGGUCAAAAGCUUGAAGAUAAUCUGGAGACUAUACUCUGUGAUGUAGGAAAAACUUUCCUUCAAGCAUUGAGUCAGUACUACUCAUCCUAUAAGCAUGUUACACUUCGAUCACCGGGGGCUAUUGGGGGCAACUCUGUGAUGAAGACGACUUUAACAAGGCAAGUUGCGGCUCUCACGGCAGUGGUUUCCCCUUCAUCAACUAAUGCAUCAAAGAGACUUUCCUCUAUCGAGAUUACUACGAAUAACAUCAAGCGGUCAGCUUCCUUGAAGUUGGCGAAAUCGCUCUCAAGCUCUGAGAAUAGAUCUCAUAGUCGCUCUCGAGGCAGACAGCUCAAGAUCCUCGGAAAUUUUCAGCUGCUUGCGGGUAGAUACACGGACGCACUCAAUAGCUUUAAUGAAGCGGUUACUUUACUUCAUAAGAUACGAGAUUACUUGUGGCUUGGAUCAGCUCUUGAUGGUGUGGCGAUCUGCUUCUUGCUACUAUCAUAUUUGCAAAUACCAUUUCAGAUACCACCCCUCGUCAAUGUACUUUGUCCAAUCCAGCCUAACAAUAUCGUACCAGAGGGUCAAUCACCGAGAAAUAGCGUACAAUAUACCCCGAUGAAAUCUCCAAGGGACUCUACCAGCUCUCUAUCUUCCGUAGCAGCCGUCGACGUCGAAUCUAUCAAUUUACCAAAACUCAUUAAAUCAAUCUCUGAGAAGAUAAUGUACUACUACGAGCUAAGUUUGUCUCAUACAUGCGAUUAUACUCCACAAACUGUAUACUCUGAGAUUCUUCUCAAGACUUUAACAUUCAUGGUUGUAUGUCAGUCUGGCUCAGAGUUAUCUUUGGACGCAUUGAAACUGAUAAUACAAGGCUCUAUGCCUGAAUCUCCAAGUGUUGAUGAGGUACCUUCAGAAGCUUUGUUUACAAGGGGAGAAAUAUACUCAUUCGCCAACAGGGUGUUUGAUCUUCAAUUGAAAAAGAUGGAAGUUGAGUCCCAAUGCAAGAUUUAUGUUAAUUUGGCUCAAAUUUACGGAUCGCUUGGCUUUGAAAGAAAAAAAGCUUUCGUGCUGCGGUUGCUGUUGGUGGCUAUUGUAUCGGAUACAGAGCAUAUUCAGUGGCAUGAAGAGUAUAAGGAGCGUUUGCAGGAAAUGGUUAAACUUUAUGGAAUCGAAGAUGGAGCAGUCGAAAAGUCAAGCGAUAAUCCGCACGAGGUUUCAUGGUUAAUUUUACAGAAGAAAUGUUUACAACUCUGCCUGACCGUAUCAACUAGAGUCAACGACAAUGAAGCGGCUGCUCAUUAUACUUCAGUGUUAAUAUGCAGGUACGCACAUCUUUUAACACAAUCAGAGCAGCAAGCCUUGUUCAAAUCAUACAUGCAACCACUAAUAUUGGAAGGUUAUAUUCAGUCAUACUGGGAUCCAUUUUUACUUCGAGAAUUAAAAUUUGUGAGGCUUGAAUCUAACGGAUUGACAAUUGACGGCGAACAGAUACCAAUUGAAACAGAGAUUAUCAAACAAAAUGACAGCGUUGUCGAUAUCGAGGCUCCUCAAGUUUUUAAUCCAUUCAAGGCUCUUCAAGCAACUUCUUCCUCUAAGAACAAUGAAUCAGCCGAGGUUCAAGGUUCCUUCCUAGUUGGAGACAAAGCAAUGAUUUCCUGCAUGGUUCAAAAUCCCUUUAAAUUUGAAAUUGGUAUCACUGGAGUCCAGUUUGAUGCCGAGAUGAUGGAAUAUUGUGAACUUGAUGAGAACGAAAUCAGUCUAAUGCACCCUGUCUUUGUCCCAGCAGAAUCGAUGCGAUUGAUCAACCUACCGCUGACUCUCAAGAAGCCAACUUUUCACAAAUGGCUCACGAUAGAUUCGCUGAAUGUCUCAGUGUUAGGCAUGUCUUCUAAAGUAUUCAAGAUAGUAGCGACAGAGAAGAAGGGAGUAGAUUCGGCAAUGAGUGAUGAAAGAUGCAUUUUUGAGAAAAUCCAGAUCAAGAUUCUCCCCGAGCAGCCAGAGUUACAAUUAUUGCGAACAGAAAACAUAAGUGACAACUCCUGGAUGAUGCUCCAUGGUACGAAGAAAAAAGUCUCGAUUACAGUGAGAAAUAAAUCAUUGAGUUGUCCCAUUGACUAUCUACAGUUUUCGUCGAUCAGUAAUAUUGAGAAAUCAAUGAAACCUGACUAUUGGAAAAAACUGCCCGCAGAUGAUUUAUUUGGUAUUGAGAAGCAGCUACAAUGGUUGAAGAACUCAUUUGUCAAAAUUCUCAACGCACCUUCGCACAUAGCCCCUAAUGAGGUGAUCACUAUCGAUGUGGAGGUGGAUGCCACCUCCGUACCAUUGCAGUUCAAUGGAUUUGACCUUAUUGCAAACUAUGGGAUGCGUGCUGGCGAUGGUUCUUGCAUAUAUCUCAAAAAAUUACGCCUACCAUAUGAAGUCUUUCUGAAGAGAAGCAUCGAGGUACCGGGACUUGAAGUCAUACCUCUGAAUGAGCUAUUCUCUCCAAAGAUGGAAUCUGUCGACUGGAUCAAAUUCAUAAUGAAGAAAGCGCACUCUGACAAAGAUUUCCAUGUUGGGGAUUACGCACUCCUAUUAAUCGACAUUAGAAACUCAUGGAUCGACGGGAUCGACGUGAAAGUGGAGUUUGAAGAUUUUCAUGGUCAGUCGUACAUGAUCGAGGCCGAUCACACCACUAGAGUAAUCGUUCCAUUCAAGAAACUCGGUUACGAGACGACGAACCUCAAAAAUAAGGCCAUACCAAGAGUCUUCGCAGGAAGACAGUAUAUUCAAAGUGGUCUCCGUGAGGAACAGGAGUUUGAAAUGAGAGAGACUUUUUGGUGCAGAGAACAUGUUCUAUCAAAGCUGCAUUGUCAAUGGCAUCUAUCGAGAGAUCCCACCAAGACUGGGGUAGUAGACUUCAGACAAUUUCUAGACAAGUUCGACGAGAGAAUGGUUUCAAUCAUGUACGCCAAUAAAUUGCCUUAUCAUGUUGAGCUCGAGUUAGACAAAUGUACCAUUGAAAAGGGUCAAUCCCUCUGGGUCAAAGCAACCGUCACGCCUACUCAAUCAAGGCAAUCUUCUACAAGGAACAGCAUGCUUUUGCUCAAUUUCAUGCUUUUUGACAACCAGACUUGCAAACUACUUCCCAAAUCUAACAGAAGAAUCUUGUACAACGGGACCUUGAAUCAUCAUAUCAUGGCAACCAAGAAAGCCACCAUAAAUUUGACACUUUUGCCCAUAGAAACUGGAAACUACGAAAUAUUCGUGAGCAUUGCAAGCACAGAUGGCGACGAAUCAACCAUACAAUUCAAUUCGGGGCCGGUAACUUUCCAGGUCAACUAA